AUGGACCUCAGUGAUGGGAGCAGCAAUGGCUUGUCCGGUCAUCGCUCCCGCACAGGCAGUGUCGAAAGUGUGAGGAAACCCGCUGGGUCGUCUCUAAGCCCAAGUCUCGAACAGGCCGAGAGAUCUUCAUCAAACCUGCUGUACGACUCUGCGGCCUCUACUUCCUCGAGGAGUCAUCGUGCGCAGGCCAGCCAACCCAGGUCGUUGAAAUCCGAAGUCCCAACAGACAACCAGAGUGCGGUUCGCGCCACUCAUUCUUCAACUCGCUCGUCCAGUCGAGCUCACAGGAGGCUAAGCGGGAGCACAGCUGCAAGCUCCAUCAGUGAGUCAGAAGCGGCACAUCCAACCCUGGGGAGGAUCGGGGUGUGCGCCUUGGAUGUGAAAGCCCGGAGCAAACCCAGUCAAAAUAUUCUGACCCGUCUUCAGUCUAAGGGUGCUUUUGAAGUCAUUGUGUUUGGUGAUAAAGUGAUCCUUGACGAGGAUGUAGAGAACUGGCCCGUGUGCGAUUUCCUAAUCGCAUUCUUUUCCGACGGUUUCCCAUUGGACAAAGCCAUCGCAUAUGCCAAUCUUCGAAAGCCUUUCUGCGUCAAUGAUUUACCAAUGCAAAAGGUUUUGUGGGACAGACGCCUUUGCUUGAGAAUAUUAGACCAUAUGAAUGUUCCAACUCCCAAAAGAAUGGAGGUCAAUCGAGACGGUGGACCCCUACUGCAGACUCCAGAGCUCGCUCAACAUGUGUACAGGCUGACUGGUGUCAAGCUUGAGGGCCCCGAAGAUGGCACUGGAGGUGGUGCUGCUAAAACCAAGAGUGUCGCCUUGUCGGAUGAUGGCGACGCCCUAAUCGUUGAUGGGAAGAUCUUAAGAAAACCAUUCGUCGAGAAGCCGGUGAAUGGGGAGGAUCAUAACAUCCAUAUCUAUUUCCCCAACGACCAGCAAUAUGGUGGCGGUGGCCGACGACUUUUCCGAAAGGUCGGAAACAAAAGUUCUGAGUAUGACCCAGACCUAGUGGUUCCGCGGUCAGUCACGGAACAGAACUCGAGUUACAUAUAUGAACAGUUCCUGCGGGUUGAUAAUUCCGAGGAUGUCAAAGCUUACACUGUCGGUCCUGAUUUCUGCCAUGCAGAAACACGAAAAUCACCGGUUGUCGACGGAUUGGUUCGCAGAAAUACCCAUGGCAAAGAACUCAGAUACAUAACAAAACUCAGCAAGGAGGAGGCUGCCAUUGCUUCUAAGAUCUCGAACGGAUUCGGCCAGAGAAUCUGCGGUUUUGAUAUGCUUCGUGUCGGUGAACGGAGCUAUGUUAUUGAUGUCAACGGCUGGAGCUUUGUUAAGGAUAACAAUGAUUAUUAUGACCGUUGUGCGAGUAUCCUGAGUGAGACCUUCCUCGCUGAGAAACGCCGACGCGAAGGCCUGCCAGAACCCACUGAAACCGGCUCUCCAGAAAGCGGCCAUUCUUGGAAACAUUCAGUGUCCCACAGGCAUACCCUGAAAACCCUGCUCAAGUCACCCAGCACCUCAAAGCUGUAUGGAAGUACGCAAGGCAACAAAAGUCCCGAAAACGGCGUGUCGGACUCUAUGGUUCCUGGGCUAUCGCCGUCAACUACCAUUGAGGCAAUGGAGAAUGGGGGCAGUCUCAAGGGUCCGAGUUCAAGAGACAGAUACUCCAUAUCUAGUGCCCAUGCUCCCCAAGGUGUUAAAGCAUAUGCCGCUCCAACUGACACGCAUGCUGAGAAUCCGCCACCACCCCCACCUGCUUCCAAGCACUCAUGGAAACUCAAGGGCAUGGUAGCGGUCAUCAGGCACGCAGACCGUACGCCCAAACAGAAAUUCAAGUUUACCUUUCACAGUCAACCUUUCAUCGACUUGUUGAAAGGACAUCAAGAGGAAGUUGUUAUCAAGGGAGAGACGGCCUUGUCGAGUGUUUCUGAUGCUGUCAAGGUCGCGAUGGAGCAAGGCCUCGAAGAUAUAGACAAGCUUAGGCUGCUUCGAACCUCUCUUGAAAAGAAGGGCGGUUGGCCUGGCACGAAGGUCCAAAUCAAACCCAUGUUCCGUAAAAGGAAGCCAGAAGAGUUGAAGGAGCGAGAGCCAUCCAAUACAGUGUCAUCUUCUACGGACUGCACUCCCAAGGAUGAACUAUCGUCUCCUGGCCCUCAGGAGCCAGCACCUGAGAAUGAACAUCCAUCCCGGUCACAGACUCGCAGCGACUCAAUCUCAGGUGCUACUUUUUCGAGGUUCUCUGCCGCUGAGAAUGAUCUCAUACUCGACAAACUCCAGCUGGUUAUCAAGUGGGGAGGGGAACCAACGCAUGCAGCACGCUAUCAGUCGCAGGACUUAGGUCUCAAUAUGCGAGACGAUCUCAAGUUGAUGAACCGAGAAGCUCUGAGCAAUGUCAGGAUCUUUACGAGCUCAGAGCGGAGAGUGAGCACAAGCGCUCAAAUUUGGGCCUGCUCUUUUCUUGAUCAAAAGGAGCUCCCAGAUGACUUCAUUCAAGUGAGAAAGGAUCUUUUGGACGACUCAAACGCCGCAAAGGAUCUGAUGGACAAGGUCAAGAAGAAGCUAAAGCUUCUUCUGCGGGAAGGGUCUGCGCCAUCGCAAUUUACUUGGCCUAAGGACAAUAUUCCAGAGCCUUCUGUUGUGCUAGCUACUGUCGUCGAGCUCAUGAAGUUCCAUCGAGAUGUCAUGCGCCACAACUUCCGGAGGCUCGAUCGAUUCUCGGAUAGUUCACCCGUGGCCAGCGACGCCAGCUCUCAACAUAGCUCUACUCGCCAAGAGGGCCCGUCGCUAGAGUCUAUCCAAGGACGUUGGUGCACCGGUGAAGACCCCAUGCUAUUCAAAGAAAGAUGGGAAAAACUUUUCGCCGAAUUUUGCGAUACGGAGAAGGUGGAUCCCAGUAAGCUCUCUGAGCUUUACGACAGUAUGAAAUUUGAUGCCCUGCACAAUCGACCAUUUCUAGAGUGGGUGUUCAUGCCACCGGACGACGAGGGUGACGAUGAGGAGAAUGAUGCUUCUCUGAAGAAUGCCAGUCGGAGCGACUCCGCAGCCGACGGCAAGGCCGAGAAUGGAGCUGGAAACUAUCCCAGACCUGAGGGGUGCACGGAUAAUCCAAGUCUUGCCCAACGGUUUGGGUUGAAAAGACGAACCCACGCGUUCGAGUCGAUGCCGCAUUUCAGGGCCCUGGAUGAUACGUACGAUCAUUAUUUCAAACUUUACCCUGGUUCGAGCUCCACGAAGGCAAAGAUAGAUGGACGGCUCUCGAAACUGAGGGAAUUGUACAAGCUGGCGAAGGUCUUGUUUGACUACGUCACUCCCCAGGAAUAUGGGAUCACCGAUACGGAAAAGCUGGAGAUCGGGUUACUGACGUCCUUGCCCCUUCUCCAAGAGAUUGUGAGGGAUUUGGAGGAGGUCCAAGCCUCGCCCGAUGCGAAAUCUUUCUUUUACUUCACCAAGGAGUCCCACAUUUACACCCUUCUGAACUGCAUCCUCGAGGGUGGCAUACAGACGAAGAUUGCCAGAACAGCUAUCCCCGAACUGGACUACCUAUCUCAGAUUUGUUUCGAGCUCUAUGAGGCAAAAGACUGCGAAUCGUCGACAAAUUCAUAUUCGAUUCGCAUAUCAAUUAGCCCCGGCUGCCAUGCGUUUGAUCCACUCGAUGUCCAGCUCGAUUCUCGACAUGCCAUCGGCUGCGCCCCCAGACGUAGUCUGACCCCUCAUCAGGAUUGGAAGCAGGUCAUCGAGACGCUCAAGGCCAAAUUUGACACAGUUAAAUUACCCAAGACCUUCAUUGCGGUGAACCUGAGCGACAAGCACAUGUCGAGCCCAUAG